AUGGCAAUCCCAGUGAGGGCUAAAAUUAAGCUUCGCUUGCAGUCGCGCUCUCUACGCCGCGCUCGGGGAAAUGUCACAAUGGCGUUGUCUGACGCUGGCGUGCCACCGGUUAUAAACCCCAACUGGCUCACCGAUUCCAUGGAUAUCGAACUCGCGGCGGCGGCUUUCAAGUGGACGCGCGACUUCUUCAAUACCACUGCUAAAGCUCACUCUCAUUGUUCCUGA